GCAAAACAUUGCAUUAGUGUGACGUUUACAAAUUCCUCUCGGAGUGUCGUAAAUUUGCAAAAAUUCGCCACGCAGCAUGGGAGAUGCGCCGGCUACAGAAAUGGACUCUAAUAUACCUAGUCCCGAGAGCGAUGUCCCUACUGAAUUGGACCGGCCUUUUGGGGGGCUGGAAUUCCAGGUUUCUGAAGUAGUUGGAAGGCUAGAAGCCGGCGUUAAUGCCCAAGAUGUCGAAGAAGAGGAAAAAAAACCGGAAACUAGAAAAAUUAGUACUGGAUUUUUCGAACCAGAAGAAAUGGCUAUGGAUGAUAUCUUAAAAGUUUUGGAAGAUCUUGUUUUAAAAACUGAUCCAAGUUGUGAGAGUAUGGAGCCCCCAUUAUUACCGACUGAUGCUGUAACGCGAGCAGCUAUCUUGUCUCAUAGCAUAUCCGCCUUAUUUGCACGAUUAGAAAGAAGUCAUGCAGCCAGACUUGGCGCUCAUAUAGCGAGCGAAACAACGCGCUGGAUGUCUCAUAUGUUCAGAUUAACAGAUUACAAUGCAUAUUAUCAUCAAGAACAAAUGGAGGGUCUCGUGCGAGUUACGAGGAUGCUUUUGCAUCACAGAUACCCCCGAUAUCUCGAAGAUGGAGCGUUGGCGUUUGCAAGCCGACUCCCAUCUAUAUACAGUUGCGUAGCGAGUCCUCUGGGUGUGGUGCAACAUCUCUGCAGGCAGCUUGGUCUGCCGCUCGCUUGUGUGAGACCUGUUCCAGUUUGUGCAGAUGGUAAAGGUAUGGAUCUGGAGGCCCUGGAGCGGCUGUGCGCGGAGGACGCGGCGGCGGGGCGCACGCCGCUGCUGGUGCUGGGCGAGGUGGGCGGCCCCCCGCUGGGCCGCGGCUGCCCGCUGGGCGCGCUGGCGGCGCUGUGCGCGCGCACCAACACGCACCUGCACGUGCGCGGACACGCACUCGCGCUGCCCGCCGCCAUGGGCCGGGACGAGACUUAUAGCAUAGCCGACUCGCUCACGUUAACGCCCGGACCUUGGUUCGGCGUUCCCGGCUUGCCGACUGUUACAUUUUACAAAAUACCAGAACCGUUAACAGCAAACGAACACUCGAAAGGAGUGAAUUCGUCGGGCAGCCGCGAGGGCGCGCUGGCGGCGCUGGCGGGGCUGUCGGCGGGCGGCGCGCGGCUGGGCGCGCUGCCGCUGUGGACGUGCGCGCGCGCGGCCGGCGCCGCCCGCCUGGCGCGCCGCCUCGCGCGCGCCUUCCGCGACGCGCGCGCCGCACGCGCGCUCGUCGCCAGCGCAGACCUCAAGAUACUGAGUGACAGACCUGGAGGUGACGAACCUCCCAACGUCGGUUUAGUUGAAGCAGUUAGCCAAGCGUCAGCGUGUGUAGCCUUCCAAUUCGCCCCACCGGAUGUAGACAAACCGCCAGCGUAUUACGAUAAGCUAAAUUCUUGGUUAGGACAAGUGUUACAAAGAGAGGCGGAUAUGAUCAGCAUCGAGGUGUGCGAGACGGAGGCGCACGGCGUGGUGCUGCGCUACUGCCCGCUGGAGGGCGCGGCGGGCGCGGGCGCGGGCGGCGCGGGCGGCGCGUGGGCGGGCGCGCUGGACGCGCAGCUGGCCGUGCUGCGCGCCACCGUCGCGCUGCGCGAGCCCUUCCGCCGCCGCCUCGCCGACCACCCCACCCUGCGCCUCGUGCGCGUGCCCGGCUGGGCCGGUCUCGGUGGUGUUCGAUACGUGCCUCCAGGGUGGGAUGAGGCGUCCACUGAAGAGCUUAAUUCUCUUAAUCGACAGCUGGUCGAGACAUUAAGGGCCACGGACGGUGCCUUCUCGUGUGGCGACGGCGACGACGGGAUGGCUUGUGUUAGAUUUGGUAUGGUAACAGCGGACACGGAUGUGGACGAGCUGCUCGACUUAGUGAUAUCUGCGGGGAAGGACGUUGAAGAGAAUUCUAAACAACUAACCGACAUGACUGAAGUUUUAAAGAAAGGAAUCAGCGCGGCGCAGGAGGAGCUGGCGCGCGAGGCGUGGCAGGAGGGGCUGCUGCGGCGCGUGCCCGUGGUGGGGCGCGUGGUGGCGUGGUGGGCGCCGCCCGCGCCGCCCGCCGGCCGCCGCCUGCUGCUGGCGCACGGCAAGCUGCAGACCACGGAGGACAUCUACAGACGCGUUCAAAAGAAAGAAAACGAAGAACCUGCGCGUGCGCAUUCGCCCACGAGACAAAACAAACAGGAAGAGCAAUAGCAGUUAACUCGUGAGUUAAAACUCACACAUGAAGCUAUUGUAUAGCAACAAAUAAUAAACUUUAUUGCUACGUAAUAAAGUUAAAAGUAUAAUAACAUUCUAAAAGUUUCAAUGGUUAAAUUUAAAGCUUCAUUACAAUACUUUUAUGUAUAUAAUUAAAGAAUAGUCCACUGAGUGAAUAAAGAAAAGUCAGCAUUAAUUGUAUGCGAUAUACAAAUAAAUUAUUUUAAGACAAACAAUAAAUUAGUAUAACACGUGCCAAAUGUCGAGAAAAGUGAAAUUCUAUAGAAAAUUGUAUAAAAAAUAUAUAUUGACAAUUGAUCGUUAUGUUACCCAAGUAUUAAGAUUAUAAUUAUGUUAGUUUUCCAACUAAUCAUAUUUAUUUGUUAGUCCGCCUUACGCAGGCAAAGGUAACUCGACAAUGCAGCCUAGUGUCGGUCCUUUGAAAACUAAAUUCAAACCAAAGAUAUGACAAUAAAAAAAUUAAGGAUUUUCAUAUCAUGCCUCAAGCGUUUAUUUCUUUUCUGUUUAUAUCCAGUUUCGAUUAUAUUUUCGAAUUUUAUUUGAAUAUUUCGGGCAUGUUUGAAAACAUUUAUAAAUGGCGGACUAUCUCGUGGCAUUUCAUUGUGCAUAUCUGUUGCAAUAAUUAGAAAUAUCUUUAGAAAUAAAACUUUGAGAACAUAAAUUUAUUGAAUACACAUUCCUUUUACUUGAAUAACAUUAUAACAACGCCUAAGCAAGCACAAAAUCAUAUGAUAGCAUUAGAAACAAAGGUAACUUAAUUUAUUUAUUCAAGAUAAUUUAAAAUUUAAUUAGUAUUAGAAAUCGUUUAAAAAAAAUUUUUAAAUGUUUAUGCUGUCCAUACUAACGUAACUCUUUAUUGGCACGUGUUAUACUUGCGUACAUUUACUUAUAAAGCUCCAGGAACUCACUGAUAUUGCUUGUAUUUGUAUAUUUGAUCAGAUCAAGGAUUUUUUUUUUAAUAGAACGAAUAUAUUUGACACAAAAAGAAAAAUUAAUUAAAAAUCCACUUCAUAACUACAAAAGUAAAAUUCCUUUUUGAAAUAAAGAAUUCUUAUUCACAAAAAACAACCUAAUGUUGUUUUGUUAUAAGUUGAAAAUCCAUUGCACAUUGAAUCAUAUUCACAAAUUUUAUUAUUUCUUGUAUAGGGCAAGUCCCAUAGAAAAUUAAGACUUACUACGUAGUAAUAAAGCUUAAAUUUGUUCAAAUAUUCUUGUUAAUAUAUUUUGCCAUGCCAAAACCAUACGUAUAAGUAUGUUAUAUUGAAAUAAAUUAUAUAGUUUACAUAUUAUUGUAUUCUUAUAGAAUUAUAUGUGAUGUAAGAAACAGCUAUUGACUUCUUUUUCAUAUAUUUUUAAUUAAAUAUUCGGAAUUUUCUUCAAAUGUAAAGUAUUAUAUUUUGUACUUUAAUCUAGAAUAUGAAUUAUCACAAUACAUAGUUUUAUUAGAAAACCAACCAAAAAUUACCAUUUAAUACAUGCAUAGAUAAAAAAUACUACUGACAUUCGUGUCCUGUCAUUUUGGAUGCCGCGUUAACGGUUUUGUAUUUUGCUCGUAACUAAAAUAUUUGUAAAGGCCAUUUCACAAUUUUAUCUUUGACAAAGUUGCUUCCCGAACUCCCGAUUCACCAAACUUCCCGACUCUUAAUGCAAAAUUUUCUUUAUAGAGGCUUAUGGGUUAUGUGUUUUUCAUAAUAAGUUAAUCAAUAAAAAAGUGCAAUAAUUAUUUCGAUACACUAUUAUCACAAUGAAUGUGUCGAUUUAAAGACCAUUCUAAUGUUUGUUCUAAUUCUCAAUUAUAAUUAGAUUCCGUUAUCUUUUCGCACUAUAGAGUAGCUAAAACGGUACACUUAGAUAGUUGAGAAUCGAUUGAAAUCUAUUUUAUUUAUUUAUUAAAUCUUAUUAUUAGAUAUACAAAUCGAUCCGUAUAAAUAUGACUCGCACAUAUAAAAAAAAAAAAAAAAAAAACAAUAAUUAAUUAUUCAUAUUUAUCAUAGCUUAAAUAAAUAUACAAUUUUCAUUAGUUCAUUAUUCAUACUGUUGAAAAAUACAAUACAAUAAUAUACCGGUACAAUGGAAAGUCUACAUCGAAUAACGCCAAAAGGUGAACACUAAGACAUUUGAAAAUAUAUAUGUUCCUAAACAACACAAAAUCUAAGUUGUGUCGUUUUGUCACAUACCUAAAAAAAUAAUAUGACAAUAUAACGGGGUCUAAUUAUAUUAUAAUAUAUCGGUGAUUUAAAAACUGUAUUUAUUGUAGCUUUUGUAUUACAACAGAAUAUAAAAUUAACAUUAGUGUAAUGUCCAUAGUGAAAUACAAAAAUAAUAUAAGUAAUUGUAAGUACUGCCUUAGUAAUUAUUAGAAUUCAAUGAAAUAGUAAUCCGAUUAAUUGAAUUAUUCAUAUUCAUAAAAAAAUAUAAUAUUUCAUUCCAAAUAUUUUUUUUUAUUAAACAACUUAUUUUAAAAGCUGAGUGCGUGACUUUUCAGUUUUGUAUGUAAUAGUUCUAAGCAACCAUUAUGUGCUAAAAGCACUUAUAAAAACGCGAGUACUACAGCCGAUCUCUUCACUCUUAGUGCGGUUGUAUUCGCACACAUACCUGCACUAUAAUAGCCUGGAUAGUUAGCUAGUCUAUGUUAAGAAUGGUUUUCAAGGCCUGGAGAAUUAUAACUUUUAAUAUUUAAAAAAAACUAAAAACAUAUAAUGAAUUUAAUCACUCAGUCUAAUGCACA